CUUCUGAUUAUUUUUUCAGUUUAACAAUUUGGGAAGUUCUAACCGGUAAUCCCGGCUGUAAAAUACAAUGGACAACGCCGGAAGCGACUUGAAUGUUAGCCAAAUUUGUCGCGUUUGCCUUCAAGCGGAAGAUUCCGAGCUUGACCGUGCGCUUAUCGACAUUUUCAGCGAAGAAAGAGGGUUUUCAAUCGUCGAGAGUCUCCAACAAAUUUGCUCAAUUCAGGUUUCAACGAAUGACAACUUCCCCCAACUGAUCUGCACGGUGUGCCUUCCCCGGCUCCGGAAUGCAUUCUUCCUACGGUUGCUGUCCCUACGAUCCCAGCAAACGCUUAGUAGCUCCAGGAGGCAUCAGGUCACCCCACCAAAGGAACUCCCAACGGUUCCGCCGUUCGAGUACAUCGAGUUCUCGGAGAUGCGUUCGGAUGUAAAGCCGGAGGACGAGGACUCUGUUUCGUGCGAGGUAUCCGCCACCGUGUUUCGGUGCUGCGGGUGCGACGACGAGGGGGAAUUUGAGAGUGAAGUGGCGCUGAAGAAGCACUCGAUUCAGGUGCAUUGUCCAAAGAAGCUGGAUGUUAUGAUGAGCGGGAAGACGCGGUGCAGCGUGUGCUGGGUUGUUUUUGCAGAAGAAGCUGAAGUUAUGGAGCAUCGGGAGAAGUUCCCUCACGUGAGGACGCUGCGGGGUUGUAGCUACUGCCGGUGUAACUUCUUCAGCGAGGAUACGCUGGAGGUGCACAUUGGGCAGUUUCACAAGGAUCGACAGUACAGGUGUUGCGGUUGCGAGUUCCGGUCGGAUAGCCAGAUUGAGUUGGCCACGCACACAUUGUUCCAUAAACAUGCUGCACGUGAGGAGGGACCUCCUGGGGAGGGCGGUUAUCAGUGUGCCGUUUGCUACGCCCGGUUUGAAACGCUGCGAAAGAGGCAGCACCACGAACGACUUCCCUAUCAGAAGGAUGAUACUACGCCUGUGGCGACGAAUCAACCCAGGAAGCUCCCUGGACCACCGGAGCGUAAACGCCAACGGAUUGACGCCGCUAAAACGUGCGACAAAUGUUCCGCAAAAUUCCCCGACAACAAAGCGCUCGAGAGCCAUCAAUGCAUCGUCGUUCACGAAUGUCCAUAUUGUCCUAAAAAGUUUAUAAACAAAAAGACUUUGGAAACGCACAAGUGCGAGGUCAGCGUGGCAAGGAAAAAGAACCCCCGCAAUCCACGACCCUCAUCGGCGCCAGGAAGAGAGCAGCACCAGUGCAACCUCUGUUACGAGUUCUUCAAAAAUCCGUCCAGUCUUCGAAAGCACAUGCUGACGCACGCCCCCAACCAGAGCUAUCCUUGCCGGUAUUGCUCGGCCACGUUCAUGCGAGAGACGGGCCGGGAUAACCACGAGGUACGGCACACCGGCCAGGCAACGUACCGAUGCGAGGCGUGCGGCAAACCGAACAAUAAACGCCAAUCGUACGUGCAACAUUACGAGACGACUCACGCGACCGCCGCGGAACAAAUUCACGCGUGCACCAUGUGCGAGCUACGCUUCAGCCGGGACCACUUUUUGGCGAACCAUCUGUACUUUGUGCAUCGCGUCAGGUCCGCGGACGACGGAACGUGGAAGAAAAAGUUCAUCCAGCAGGAAGUCACAGGUGAAGAAGAUUCUACGGGGGAUGUGUAAUAACCACUUUCGGAAGUAAUAAAACAUUUAGGUUUAAAUCAGA